UAGUAGGCUGGGCACCGGUGUUCUAAAGCAAAUUCUGCCUAAACUAGCAGGAAUGUUUUCACCUCAGGAAGACUGUCUAGGGCCAGAUUGGGAGGGAGGUGAAGAUAGGGGCAGGGCCCUGGGCAGGGCCAGUCACUGAAGCGAGGCCAAGGCCUGGAGGGAAAGAGCCAGUUCCUGGUGGCUGUUGGGCAGCUCACACAGCUCCCUGCUACAUCAGCCAUGGUCCUCCCUCUGCCCUGGCUCUCAUGUUGCUGCCGUCGCCUCCUCCUGCCUUCCUGGCCCCUGGGGCCCCAGGGUUCCUGGAGGUGCUGCUCCCAGAGCCCUAAGGCAAGCACAAAAGAGCAGACCAGCUCCACAUGCAGUGAGAAGAUGAGGUCACCGCCAAGGGGUCCCCGGCCCAGCCCCACAGCUGAGCUGGCCCAAGCUGAAGAGUUGCUGGAGCAGCAGCUGGAGCUGUACCAGGCCCUUCUGGAAGGGCAAGAAGGGGCUUGGGAAGCACAGGCCCUGGUGCUCAAGAUCCAGAAGCUGAAGGAACAGAUGAGGAGACAUCGAGAGAGCCUAGGAGACGCCUAAGCUUUCCACCAGUUCCCACUUUACCUUCCAACACUGGAAACACUACACACCACCCACACUGGGCCUUCGGGUCAGAAACAUCCCAGCCCCUCCCAGGCCACUAAGAAAAAUGGAAAACACCUCCAAAAAGGGCAGAAAUUGGAAAGCAGCAGGGAGCCAUGGCCUCUGCAGUCUUCUUAGUCACAUCCCCCUACCUUUGAUCCCUCCCCACUGACCUGGGCCCCACAGUAGGGCACCCAGUCCUUAUAGGAAUAUACACUGAAUCAUGGCCUCACUUCACCCUAAAUCCAAUAAAGGGAUGGAGCAUUUAUAGACACCACAGACACAUGUGUUUUUUAGUUUUGUUAAAAAAAAUUCAGACAAUUCAGGAAACAGGAGUUUAGGAGUGGUGGUGAUGCAAAAGGGGGAAGUCGUGGGGUGGGGGGUGGGGGUUGCCAGGGAAGGUGGCAGUAGUGUCUCCUUCACCCCCAUAUGCCUGCUGUCAUCUCCUGAAGAGGGACAGACGGUCACAUUCCAAAACUAUGGGUGAGUCCUCUACCGCGUCUGUUCAACUGAAGAGAAAACAUGGCACAAUUAGAAUAAGACAUGGAAAUGGCGAGGCUGGCAGAAACACCCCCCAUUACAUGCAGAUGUCUGUAGUUUGUGGGUGCAGAGGACACACUGGGAGUGGGGACAGAAAUAAUCUGUCAUGAGAAAAAGACCCCACACAGAGGACAACUACACAUCCCAACAAGGGCAUCAAGAUCAGGGGACAUGAACUUGUCGAGUGCCUGUUAUGCACCAGAGACCUUAUUUACGUAAAUGGGAUUUAAGACAAACACACUAAGAACAAGGAGACAAGAGCCAGUCUCAAGAGAUCAAUACUCACUGUAGGAGGAAAUGUCUAUCUCAUCAGGCAGCUCACUAAUAUUGACUUCAAAGCGAUCCUGCACGUCAUUGAGGAUCUUGGCAUCGUUUUCAUCUGACACAAACGUAAUGGCCAAGCCCUUGGUGCCAAACCGGCCUGCUCGGGCCACCUGGAAGGAGACAGAGGGUGGCACUGGGAAGACCCAAAAGUAGGAAGACACCCAAAAGGAGGGAUGAGAACAUACGGUAUAAAGACAUAGGAAAUCGGGAGGUGGGAGGGGACACUGGGAUGUCCGUGUGGGCGUGCAGCUUACCCGAUGCAGGUAGGUGUCAGAAUCCUCAGGCAUGUCAUAGUUGAAGGCAAUGUUCACCCGUUCAAUGUCCAUGCCUCGGCCAAAUAGGUUGGUGGCCACAAGAAUUCGUCGUUGAAAAUCUUUAAACUGCUGAUACCGAGAAAGCCUUUGUGAGAAAGGAAAUUAGAAAAAUGUUGAGUCCUUUCUCUCAAUGGUCUCUUUUCCUUCCCAAGGACACAAAACAUCUUUCCAUCUCUGACUCACCUCUCCUCCUGGGGCAUCCCUCGGUGGAUGGCAAUGGCUGGGAAGUUCUGCUCCACUAGAAGCUGGGCCAGGGCAAUGCAACGCUGCACAGACUUCACAAAGAUCACCACCUGUGUGUGGAGAGUAGGGGGAUGUGGGCCCAUGUGGAAUGUUAGAGAGAUUACGUACGUGCAAGGAAUGUUUUCAGUAACUAUGCUUUUCUAAAGGAAUUCCUCCUAGUCCCUCCCAUAUAUUCCUCUUCUGAUCUAAAUACAACUUAGCCUUUCUCACUCAGCUCUUGACGUCUCCUAAGCAGACAUGCUGCAGAGAAGGUACAGAAAAUAACCAAAACUACCAGGUGUGUUGAGAGACAAGAAUGAGGCAACCUCAUGAGAAAGUGGUAAAAAUUAAAACUAAAGUCUGGAAAGACCAGGACCAAUAUUUCCUGCUCAUCAAGAACAUCCAACAUAAGAAUUCUACCUUAAUUUUAGAAAGUUUUUGGUGCAGAUAAACUACACAACAGGUAAAGUGAUGAAACGCUUCUUCUCGGUAAAUAACACAAGAAACAAAUUUAAGAACCCAACAAACCUAAAAUAUUUUGGAACUUUUACAAGAUUAAACCCCCUCAAGGAUUUUCUUCAUUGAGAUUUUUAUUUACUGAAUACCCGGCUGUGACAGCCAUGGAACAGGAAAGCAGCUGCUCACACCUUGUUCAUGCUCAGCCCCAGAAGACAUCUGAAUUCUCACUUAAGAGAAUUUCAUUUAAAGACAAUUUCUCCACCAUUCUCACAUCGCAUGGGUCAUAUCCUCAAUUAAAGGGUACUUAACCAGGUUUCUGCUACAGUUGGAGACGUGCUCAUCCCUCUACUGGACCUUAAACAACUGACCUGAUUGAACUCAAGGACAUCGAGAAGGUCAAAGAGCUUCCGGUUCUUCUCGUUGUCCUUCAGUUUCACGUAGUACUGCUGCAACCCAUGCAGCGUCAGCUUCGUCUCAUCAUCCACGAAGAUCUCCAUUGGCUGGGGGGGAGGGGGGAGGAAGGGGUGGGGAACGGGAGGAGGGCAGAGUGGGGGGGUUAAACCUGGGGGGGUGGAGGAACUUGAUCUCCAAUACACCCCAUGGGGGGGAUGGGGAGAAGAGAGAAGAUUGAAAACCCCACCACAUCCCCAAAAAUACCCCCAUUUUAAUGUGGUCUCUUCCACAUUAGAUCUAAUUUCCUUCCUAUCAAGUCUUAAGACUGCCCAGCUACAAACCGUCAUGGGAAGGGAAAUUUGCAGGGAGGUAAAGGAGCAGUGAGACCACCCAAUGGCAAGAUGCCAUUACCUCAAAGGGAGGUGGUACAGGAAAGAAAACAAUAGAUGAUCCCCAAAGGGCCAAUAUGAUCCAAACACCUGGGAAUUGGUGGGACACAGUGACUCAAGGUCAGAAUAACUCCACCAAAGCUGGUUAUAAUACAAGGGAGAGAACAGAAAUUGCUCCGAGUAUCCUCCCAACUAAGAGAAUCAUAUCCACAUUAGGAGGGUGGAUAUCUGUUAAGAUCAGAAUACUACAAUGGAUAGUCAAAAUGCCAUAAAAAGAGAAGCAAACGUUACUCAAGGCGAGUAACAACUUGCCCUCAGACCACAAGGGAACAAAGGGAACAGAACAUUGGUCUCUGAACUAAGAGCCAAACCAACUAUAGCGUUACAUGGAAGGUACCAACAGAUGGUGCUAAGAAACAAAUUCAGAGCAGUAGAUACACACUCAUCUUAAAAAAAAAAAUACACACACACACACACACACGCACAAAACC